AUGAGGUUUCUAUUGUGCAUUUUAUUUUCUGCGUUUCUAAUAACUACAGUGCAAUCUUUGAUCGCCCAAGUUGUCUACGAUCCGAUAACAUGCGGUCUACCUGGACGUGGCUUCAAGGGUAAAUUGAGAACAGAAAAAAGAAAAGUCGUUGGAAAUGAUGUAAACAAGAUUGUGAAGAGAGACAUUGAUAAAGACUAUUCUGCGGACUAUAGUCCUACUGCUGGCGAUGAGACCGAAGAGGACGAGAACGAUCCGAUGCGAACAAAGGUGAUGGGAGGUGAGAGAGCUGCGAAGGAUGAACUGCCGUGGGCUGCGAUUAUUCUGUUUAGGGCGAACAUAUCAUGUGGUGCGACGCUUAUAUCAAGGCGGCACGUAAUCACAGCUGCUCAUUGUUUCGUGAAGAACCCGAAUGGCACUGUAAGCCUUAAAAACAUGCGUUCUGAGGAAGACGUUCUGGCUGACAUCAUUGUUGGGGUCGGUGGUACUUGUCUGAAACCCGACAAAAAAUACAAAUGUGGUGAAGAAGAUAAUAUUCUCGGGAUCCGCGCUAAAAGAAUAUCUUAUAGAAGUUAUUUCGAGUAUGGAAGUGACUUUACACAUGACUUCGCUAUUCUUGAGCUAACUCGUGACGUUCCUGAACAUAUCCAUCAUAUUUGUCUUCCUCACAUGAACAAGAAGAUCGAUAUAGGUGAUCCAUCGUUAAGAAUGAGCUCAUUUGGAUGGGGCCAGGACGCAAUAACAAAUCUCAGUUCGGUACCAUUCCUCAAGAAAGUGAUGUUAGGUGUGAAAAUGACUGAAAAGGAAUGCAAAAAAAUCUUCCCCGAAAAGUUGGAUGACACUUUCUGCACAGUUGAACGUAAAGACAGUGGCCCUUGCGAAGGCGAUAGUGGUACUGGAAUUACAGCAAAAAUAGGCAUCAAAACAUAUCUUCUUGGAGUACUGACUUAUGGAACUGAUUGCAAAAAAUUGGUAAGCGGCGGAGGAAAACCAGAAGCUCAGCUCAGCACGGACGUUACUAAGUAUGCUGCUCUAAUCGAUAGAGCUCUGUCUUCAAAGUGUCUGUGCGCGGAGGUGUUGGUGUUCCUAGGGCGCCAGUUGAGGACGUCAUUGACGCUGCUGAAGGAAUCAGCUAAAGAAGAAGGAACGCGCAAUGUGGAAAUUGAAGAACAGUUCAAUUGUCAUCAUGGAGCACAGAAGAGAUUGUACCACCAGGAAGAACUCGUGUGGGUGCGUGACUACCGCCCGAGACAUGAGAAAUGGAUCCCUGCUCGUGUGAAGAAUCGCUAUGGACGAGCCGUGUACGACGUGCUAACGGAAGAAGAUGAUUUGUGGAAAAGACACGCUAACCAGAUGCGUGGAGAAAAACAUCGGAGAGUUAGCUGCGAGAGGACUGAAGCUUCCAAGAUGCCGUUCAACCAGGAAGACCGACGGUACCAUGGUAUGGCAAGGACGAUCGCCGACAUCAACGACAAUGUCAAGGAUCGAACAUCAACUAUCGUGCCGCCGACAACGACUAGACCAGCUCGACAACGCCGACCGCCUCGUCGAUUGCAACCUGAUCCGAAGAUGAAGACGUACGCGAUGCAUUCAUCUUAA